AUGUUCAUGAAACUAUUCACAAAUCACGUACGGACACACGGACGCAGAGGCACGUACAUACACGGUCAAGAUAACAACCAAAUCUUGGAAAUAGCGAGCUCGAGAGGAACUCGAAAAUUUACACGUGUGCCAGUUGUUAUGUAUGCUACAACAGCAGCGGGUACAGGCCCCAUUCACUCGGUCCCUCCUAACCAGAUGAAUUUUCCUCCUCUAAUGUCGACUUUACAGCCCCAGAUGAGUCAGCAGCAGGUGUCGCAGAUAUCUCAGGGGAGUUCCAAUCCAGCGCUUUUGAAGGCGAUUAAUCAAGGGCAGCAGCAGCAGCAUAUGGGUCCACCUCCUCUUGGAGCGGUGGGUGGGUCGCUUUCUUCUGCUGCCACUCAGCAUGUGAUGCCAGGCAUUCCGCAAGCGGCUUCGGGAAUGCCUUUGCAGUUGCAGCAGCAGCAGCAGCAGCAGCAGCAGCACUCGCAACCCAUGUCGCGGGCUUUGGACGAUCCGAAUGUUUAUCACUGGAUCUGUCAGCUGACAUACGGCCCGAAUAAGGAGCAGGCGCUGCUUGAACUGGGCAGAAAACGUGAGCAGUACGAUGAUUUGGCGGUGAUACUUUGGUCUAGUUUUGGCGUGAUGACCGCUCUACUGCAGGAAAUCAUUUCUGUGUAUCCUUUGCUGUCGCCCCCCACGCUGAAUAAUCAACUUUCAAAUAGAGUUUGUAACGCAUUGGUUCUUUUGCAAUGCGUAGCAUCUCACCCAGAUACCAAAACUGCAUUCUUCCAAGCGCAUAUCCCUCUUUUCUUAUUCCCAUUUUUGAAUACUACUUCCAGGCAGCGUACGUUUGAGUACCUGAGACUCACCUCCCUUGGUGUCAUCGGGGCCUUGGUUAAGAAUGAUUCAGUUGAGGUGGUAAACUUUCUUUUGCGCACUGACAUUAUUCCCCUCUGCUUACGCAUAAUGGAGUCUUCUUCAGAGUUAUCCACAACCGUCGCCAUCUUUAUCCUCCAAAAGAUCCUUCUUGAUGACAAUGGGCUCCAGUACAUCUGUGCCACACAGGAGCGCUUCCAUUCGGUUUCCCAAGUGCUCACCAACAUGGUCGAACAGUUGACCAUGCAGCAAACCCCCGGCCGUUUGUUGAAACAUGUUGUGAGAUGUUACCUUCGUUUAUCGGACAACUUAGAAGCCCGCAGGCUUUUGCAGCAGGUGUUGCCAAGGCAGCUGAAGGAUAAUACGUUUACAGAGAUCCUACAAGAUGACUUGGGAACCAAGAGAUGCUUGGCUCAAUUACUCCUGACCUUGAAUGAGGACCAGUAA